AUGUCUUUCAUUUGGUUGACGCUGUUGUUCUCAGUUCAUCUGGCUGAAUGUGUGCCCGAAAAGCCAAAAAGAUCAGCUCUGAACCAGCUGACCAGGACCCUCCUCAGGAAAUAUGACUGUGGAGUUCGACCUGUUCACAACUGGACCAGUCCCACCAUCAUCUACAUAGACCUCAUACUGCAGUCUGUACUGGAUGUGGAUGGAAAGACCCAGAGCAUAACCACAAGUAUUUGGUACAGACAGAUCUGGACAGACGAGUUCUUGGUUUGGGACCCAGAGGAGUUUGAUGGCAUCAAUGAGAUCUCACUGUCAUCUGAUGCCAUCUGGAUACCUGAUGUUAUCAUCAGUGAAUUUGUGGACGAGGGAAAGUCCCUACCCAUCCCCUAUGUUUACGUCAACUCCUCUGGCUCAGUGAAGAACUACCGGCCCAUGCAGGUGGUGCUGGCCUGCAGCCUGGAGAUGUACGCUUUUCCAUUUGACAAGCAGAACUGCAGCCUCACCUUCCGCAGCUGGCUUCACUCAGUGAAGGAAAUAGACCUGGCGCUGUGGAGGAGUGCAGAGGCCAUUGCUAACGAUAAGAGGGAGUUCAUGAAUGACGGAGAAUGGGAACUGUUGUCCAUUCCUUCCAGCUACUGGCAAAUCCACCAAGACAACACCGACUAUGCCCACAUUCAGUUUAAUGUGUUGAUCCGCCGGCGCCCCCUGCUGUAUGUGGUCGGUCUCCUCAUCCCCAGCAUCUUUCUCAUGCUGGUAGAUGUGAUCAGCUUCUACCUGCCUCUGAACAGCGGUACACGGAUUGUCUUUAAGAUCAGCAUCCUGCUGGGCUACACGGUCUUCAGAGUCAACCUGACAGACGAACUGCCUGCCACUGCCAUCAACACACCACUUAUAGGUGUGUUCUUCGCAGUGUGCAUGGCCCUGCUGAUGCUCAGUCUGAUCAAGUCUAUUCUGGUGGUGAAGCUGCUCCACCACAGUGAGAAGGAGGUCAGGCAAAUGUCAGUGUCUGCCUGCCUGCUGGACAAGUAUGGCUCAGCUGGUCACGGCUUCACAGAGAGCGCGUUAACCUCCAUUAAGACCCUUGAUCGCAUCAACCCAUCUGGAGAUUAUGAGCUUGAGCCGUCACUGGAGGAGGACCUUCUGUCCCUGAAUGAGAUCCAGGAUGCUCCAUCUGGGCUGGAGUGGCUUCUCCAGGAGCUGGUUUCCCUCCGCCUGGCUUUAUCCCAGGAAGACAGUGAGUCUUCGGCUCAGGCUGAAUGGCUGGCCCUUUGCUCCAAACUCGACAUCUUCCUAUUCCGCUUUUACCUGCUGGUUUUGGCCUUGUAUGCUGCUACGCUGCUGAUGCUCUGGGCCAUUUGGAGCUUUGCCUGA